CCCGCCGCACGCGUCGGUGGGGGGGGCGGGUGUGGCGCCGGCGUCCUGGGGAGGAGGAGCAGCCUCUGCCCGACCCGGCUCGUGCGGACCCCAGGACUGGGCGCGGGACACGUGCAUCCAGCCUCCGGCGGUGCGGAGACCCGCGGCUGGGUCCGGGGAGGCCCCAAACCCGCCCCCGCCAGAACCCCCGCCCCAAAUUCCCACGUCCUCCAGAAGCCCCGCCCACUCCCGAGCCCCGUGAGCUCCGCGCACCUGGGCACCAUCCGCCCUGGCUCCGCUGCACGAGCUCCUCGCCCGUACCCCGGCGUCACGCUCAGGGACCGGCGAUGCUCUGCAGGCUGGGCUGGCUUGUCUCGUACAGCUUGGCUGUGCUGUUGCUCGGCUGCCUGCUCUUCCUGAGGAAGGAGGCCAAGCCCGCAGGAGACCCCAUGGCCCACCAGCCUUUCUGGGCUCCCCCAACACCCCGUCACAGCCGGUGUCCACCCAACCACACAGUGUCCAGCGCCUCUCUGUCCCUGCCUAGCCGUCACCGUCUCUUCUUGACCUAUCGCCACUGCCGAAAUUUCUCUAUCUUGCUGGAGCCUUCAGGCUGUUCCAAGGAUACCUUCUUGCUCCUGGCCAUCAAGUCACAGCCUGGUCACGUGGAGCGACGUGCUGCUAUCCGCAGCACGUGGGGCAGGGCUAGGGGCCGGCAGCUGAAGCUGGUUUUCCUCCUAGGGGUGGCAGGACCCGCUCCCCCAGCCCAGCUGCUGGCCUAUGAGAGUAGGGAGUUUGAUGACAUCCUCCAGUGGGACUUCACUGAGGACUUCUUCAACCUGACGCUCAAGGAGCUGCACCUGCAGCGCUGGGUGGUGGCUGCCUGCCCCCAGGCCCAUUUCAUGCUAAAGGGAGAUGACGAUGUCUUUGUCCACGUCCCCAACGUGUUAGAGUUCCUGGAUGGCUGGGACCCAGCCCAGGACCUCCUGGUGGGAGAUGUCAUCCGCCAAGCCCUGCCCAACAGGAACACUAAGGUCAAAUACUUCAUCCCACCCUCAAUGUACAGAGCCACCCACUACCCACCCUAUGCUGGUGGGGGAGGAUAUGUCAUGUCCCGAGCCACAGUGCGGCGCCUCCAGGCUAUCAUGGAAGAGGCCGAACUCUUCCCCAUUGAUGAUGUCUUUGUGGGUAUGUGCCUGAGGAGGCUGGGGCUGAGCCCCAUGCACCAUGCUGGCUUCAAGACAUUUGGAAUCCGGCGGCCCCUGGACCCCUUAGACCCCUGCCUGUAUAGGGGGCUCCUGCUGGUGCACCGCCUCAGCCCCCUCGAGAUGUGGACCAUGUGGGCACUGGUGACAGAUGAGGGGCUCAAGUGUGCAGCUGCCCCCAUACCCCAGCGCUGAAGGGUGGGUUGGGCAACAGCCUGAGUGUGGACUCAGUGUUGAUUCUCUAUCGUGAUGAGAAAUUGAUGCCUGCUGCUUUACAGAAAAUGCCAACUUGGUUUUUUAACUCCCCUCACCCUGUUAGCUCUGAUUAAAACCACUGCAACCCA